CGAAGAAGAAGAUGACACAUCGUCAGAAGAAGAAACAGCGGCACCAGAUCAUCAUAGAGGAAGAAGCAACGCUGCGGCAGAAACAGCUCGACAAGCGGCGCAGGCGGCAGCAGAAGGACAACAACAUGAAGGUCUGCCCAACGCCCUGUGCACAAAAGAGCCGCCGGACAGAUCGACGAGUGGCUGGUGUGCGUUGUGCGUUUUGUGUGCAGGAGGACACGCCGCCUCAGGGUUCCAAGUGCAUUCCUUGUAUACACAACAAGCCAUGACCAAGCAAUGUACUCCGCUGUGUGUGGCGUUUCACACCAGAUGUUGCCUUUGGCUUGGAGUAUCUGCAGAAGAGCUCCACCAUCGUCACAAGACCAGGCAUGUCGACGAAGCAGAUGGUCUUGUGCGAAACGGGCUCGAUGCAAGUGCGAAAUGGGCUCGCGCUUUGCAACGCCUCGGCCUUGCAUCGGCAUCUGUUUCCGCCCAACAGUUCUCUUCGGCAGCAAACGACUUCAUCUCAGGCUCUGCGCCGCUAGCGAGAUAAGGCGACCGGAAUUCUAAUACCCUAGCCCAGUUCAAUUAAAAGUCCCACGUACACCCCGUUUGUGGAGGGAGAAGAAGGAGAGAGAAAAGAGGGAUUCCCAUCACUCCCACCUCCAUCAGCAUUCUUCAACCGCAGAUCUUCACUUCCCGCCUUCGCGUCUUCGACUUCGACCUGUCAGCGACUCCCGACUCGCUCCCUCUGUCAUCUCCUGCCUGUUUCGCUGAAUUGUCUGUCAUCAUCAUGGCUCUCUUCCCGCGCCUGACGCUGUUGGUGCUCGCCGCUCUGCUGGUGGGGAGCAUGGCCGAGGAGUGCGUGACGGACUCCGACUGCGACUCAUCAGAUGACGUCUGCAGGAAGAAUGAUGAUGGAGAAUGGCGGUGCGAAUUUGCUGAUAGUUGUGGAACCCCCUUUUGCGACUUGGAUAUCAAGAUCCCAUCCCCCCCUAUAAUGAAUGACAUGAGAGGUCGAUCUGCCCGCAUCAAGCUAACUUGCACUUCAUGGCCAGAAACGUGCAUGAGUAGGUGCGGCGAAAGGAGUUCAAGUGAGAUAUGGUAGCGUCUUCUCUCCACGAUUCCCUGGGAGGAGCAGGGAGGCGGCAAGCGUUCGGGUCGCUGUGAAACAAUUGUACUUCUCCCUUCAGUUCCAACACUGUGUCUUUCCUUUCUUCGCAUUCUCGCGUCAUGAGCAAGGCGACGAGACACAUGAAUUUGAUGAAAUCAUGGGGUGUCGUGCGUGUCGUGAUCCUCGUGGUCCUGGUGAUACUCGGCGCGACGCCAGGCGGUAUGCAGCGGAUGAGUGGUGGCAGUGGAAGGGUGGUGUGAGAAGGGGGGUGUUCGUGUGUGCAGGUAGUUGCCGUUCGGCGCGGCGGCAAGGGUGGAACGACACGCGCGGAGGGGAAGCGACAUGUGGAGUGCUUUGUCGUGGGCGAGGAGGGUCGAUUCGGGUGGAGGAUGGUGAGUAGCAGCAUUGAGGAGGUGGCCAACUGUGUGGCUCUGUUUUGUUUCAGGUGUGGCGAGUGAGACGAUGGGUGCUGGUGAGCUAUUGAGGCGACGAGUGUCAGCAAUGCAUGCGCCGUUACUGUUUGUCCCGCUGCGUGGUGGGAGCAUAAGCGAAUGUCGAGUGCUGGCGUGUCGUCGUCUGAGUGUGUGGGGGUGGUGUGUUGCGCAGGAGUGUGUGAGCGUUGGUCGAGGGACUUGCACUACACAUAUGCACGUAAGCGAGAGGGAGAGAAGACAGGAGGGCGAGGCAGGUGAGAGGCGCGUGUCCCUUCGAGAAUCGAAUGAAUGGUGAAAUACCGACUGAAAGGUAGGACACAUGCCUGACUGAAAGGGCGUGUGGCGAAGGCGAGAAUGAAAGCGAAAUUGAGCGUGGCAAGAGCUACGUCCUCUGUGACGCGCGAGUGGAAUGAUUGGAAUGUGAUGGACGGGAAGGGGCAUGUGCACAGAUGAUUAGGGAGAGGCACACAGAGAGCAGAGGAGGCACCGAGAGAAAGGGAGGUGACCAUUGUCUGGUUUGAUGAUGUGUGCAGGUGCGGUGCGUCGUAAUGUCCAUGUCCACAUGAGUAUUGACGUGUAGGUAGAAGGAUCUGUCCCAUGACAUGAACACGUA